AUGGCAUAUGGUGAUGAUGUGGUUCCUCCUCCUCAACUAACAUUUGUUCACGCCUAUCAUCCCGCCUUGUCUUCCACCAACGUCAAAGCCUUGAUCCCUCUUGUUCUUGACGUCGACAAUGUCUACAAUGUGUUAGACCACAUUGAUCCGCAAAUCAAGAGACCGAAGGAUAUGGAUGACGACUUGUGGGAACGUGUAGAUGCAAUUGUCCUUCAAUGGUUGUAUGGGGAAAUCUCGAAGGAUCUCCUUCUCAAGGUCCUGGACGACUAUGCUACUUCCUUGGAUAUUUGGAAUCGGCUAAGUAAAAUUUUCCAAGACAACAAAAGCACACGGGUGGUUCUUCUGGAAAAUCAAUUUGGUAAUAAUCCUAUGUCUAACUUCGCUUCUCUUGAUGAAUAUUGUCAGGCUCUCAAGACGUUUUCCGACCAACUCACGGCUCUUGACCACCCAGUUUCGUAA